CCUCAGUUUCCACCGCUCCCCGUGAAGGGCGGCCUGCAGAUCCGGAAGAAUGCCAUCACGGACGACUACAAGGUCACCACGCAAGUGUUGGGGCUCGGCAUCAACGGGAAAGUUUUGGAGAUCUUCAGCAAGAAGAGCGGGGAGAAGUUCGCCCUUAAGAUGCUGCAGGAUUGCCCCAAGGCGCGCAGGGAAGUGGAGCUGCACUGGAGGGCGUCGCAGUGCGCACACAUUGUCCGCAUCAUGGACGUCUAUGAGAACCUCUACCAGGGGAGGAAGUGUCUGCUCAUUGUCAUGGAGUGCUUGGAUGGUGGGGAGCUCUUCAGCCGGAUCCAGGACAGGGGAGACCAGGCCUUCACGGAGCGGGAGGCCUCAGAGAUAAUGAAAAGCAUUGGGGAAGCCAUCCAGUACCUGCAUUCGAUCAACAUCGCGCACCGAGAUGUGAAGCCGGAAAACCUCUUGUACACCUCCAAAAGGCCCAAUGCUGUGUUAAAGCUCACUGACUUUGGCUUUGCUAAAGAAACCACCACACACAACUCCUUGGCCACUCCGUGCUACACGCCGUACUACGUGGCCCCUGAGGUGCUGGGCCCGGAGAAGUAUGAUAAAUCCUGUGACAUGUGGUCCCUCGGCGUCAUCAUGUACAUUCUGCUGUGUGGGUACCCCCCCUUCUACUCCAACCAUGGCCUCGCCAUCUCCCCUGGCAUGAAGAAACGAAUCCGCAUGGGCCAGUAUGAGUUUCCCAACCCCGAGUGGUCAGAAGUGUCGGAGGAAGUGAAGCAGCUGAUCCGCAACCUGCUGAAGACGGACCCAACUCAACGCAUGACGAUAACGGAGUUCAUGAAUCACCCCUGGAUCAUGCAAUCCAUGCAGGUGCCCCAGACCCCACUGCACACCAGCCGUGUGCUGAAGGAGGAGAAGGAUCUAUGGGAGGAUGUGAAGGAGGAGAUGACGAGCGCGUUGGCCACCAUGCGAGUGGACUACGAACAAAUCAAGAUCAAGAAAAUCGAGGAUUCCUCCAACCCUUUGCUGAUGAAGAGGAGAAAGAAAGCCAACCCUGCGGAGCCUGCUGCACUCCCACACUGAGGGCGCCUGCACCGCCGGCCCUUGAGAAAGCAAUAACUAUAUAUAUAUUUUUUUUAAGAAAAAAAAAGACAAAAAGAGGCAGACUGUUAUAUCAAGCGCAUGGAAUUCAGACAUUUAUACCAGACUAGUUAUUUUUAGCUACUCACCUGUGUUUCUGACCUUUCUGGAGCAGGCGAUAUCCCCCCUCUGAUCCACGCUCUCCAACCAGGGGGGUUUUG